GGAUCGAGUUUGUGUUCUGAAGGAAAGACGGCACAACAUUUUAUGAAAAAAUCGUGUUUUUUAAAUUCUGUCGCGUAGUUAGAUUGAUUGUAAAACAGUCCGUUCAAUUAGUAGAAAAGCAAGUUCUGUGUGUUUGUCAAGAUGCAGCAGGAAAAUAUUCUAGCGACGUUCAAAAUUCUAAUAAUAGGAGAGAGCGGUGUCGGAAAAUCUAGCUUAAUGCUAAGGUUCACCGAGGACGACUUCGACAAAGAUCAGGCUUUAACGAUUGGAGUGGACUUCAAAACCAAAAUCGUAGAAAUUGACAACGUAAAAGUUAAGCUAGCCAUCUGGGACACGGCAGGACAGGAACGGUUCCGCACACUGACCCCGAGUUAUUACAGAGAUGCACAGGGCGCAAUUCUCGUAUACGACGUUACGAAAAAGGACACCUUCCAGAAGCUCGAGUCCUGGCUGAACGAGCUGGAAAUCUACGGUACGCGAAACAACAUGGCCAAGAUGAUUGUGGGCAAUAAGAUCGACUCGACGGACAGGUCGAUAACGCGGGACGACGGUUUCCGAUUCGCCAAGAAGCACCGUACGAUGUUCAUCGAGACCUCGGCGCGAACGAACGAGGGCGUGCGGGACGCGUUCGAGGAAGUGGUUCGGAAGAUCAUGGAAACGGACGGCCUUUGGGAGCGCAACGACUACGGAGAUUCGCUAGAUUUGAACCGGGGUGGAGGACAGCAAUCCGGGUGUUCGUGUUAAUGAUAUCGUGAACGAAAGUUUGAUACCCGAGAAAACAGCAAAACCGGGGAACGGGCCAUAAAUAUCCCCCUUUACUGGAUUAUUCCGAAUCUAUCAUAUUCGUAGAACUCGCCGGGGUUAAAUGAUGGAAAAAUAUGAGUGAUUAGCGGAAUGAUUGAUAUUUUUAUAUAUCUAAAAUGUAUAUCUAACAAUGAUUAGUGUAGAGUUUAACAUAAAAUAAUUAUUGAUCAAAAGGUGCAGCUUAGUUUUAUUUAUUUGUAAAAUGAAGCGGAAGUGUAGCCAAUGCUUUACGAUUACUAUUGUGUACUCUGUAACAAUCGGUUUUGUUGGUGAAUAAAGUAAACCCACAGCACUAAGCUUACUUCAA